AGGUCAGAUUCUUAAUCACUAUUCCGUGUUCUUCACUGCAACCUUCUUUUGCUUUAUAUUGAAUUUUACUUCCGUUUGAUAUUGGAAAGUACAGAACUUUAUUAAUUGUUUUACUUUGCUUAUGCUAUUCCGCUAAUUACAUUCCCAGAAGUAUCUACAAAACGAGCAGUUCGUUCAGUUUCGUGUGCUUCAGCGUCUUAUCAGAAACAUUUGCCCAUUACAAAGAUGGCGGAGGCUGUCUCACGUGACAGAACCAACCUGACAAUAACACUGUACAUCAAAAAGAGCUGAAGCUGCGGUCGUCUUGCAUACAAUGGCUGCCUCAUCAUCGUCGUCAUCAGCCGGAGGAGUGAGUGUGAAUUCUGUCACUGGCUCUGGCUUUAGUGUUUCAGACCUGGCACCACCGCGGAAGGCGCUCUUCACUUGUCCCAAGGCUGCCGGAGAGAUGUUAGAGGAUGGCUCUGAGAGAUUCCUGUGCGAGUCCGUCUUCAGCUAUCAAGUUGCGUCCACCCUGAAGCAGCUGAAGCACGGUGUCAUCUUUGCAGAUCAGCAAGUCUCGCGCCUGGAAAAGCUAGCCGGCUUGGUGGAAGAGUUGGAAGCAGACGAGUGGCGAUACACACCCAUAGAGCAGCUCCUGGGCUUCACACCAUCCUCGGGAGGAAAGUGACUCCUAAUGCUAAAGAUGUCUCUCUACAGCCAUUACUAAUCCUACACAACAUACGUCCAUUUGUAGCCCUGUCAGCGGGGGAAUUUAAUAUUUAUGUAUUCACCAUACACAUAAAACCCAGACAGUUUUUUUAUAUAUAUAGUUUCUAUGGGAUUUGCAGUCACUGUAUAACAUUAUCCUCAGCAUGUAGCAGAAAUAAAGCUAAACAAUGACAUCUUGUACAAUGUGAGCCCCAAUACAGUUGCCCACAAUAUGAUUUACCCACUGCUGCAAUGAUGGAGUUGAUAAAAAAAAAAAGUCUUGUACCGGGCCUUGUGAUAUUUGUGUAUUAGAGUGAUUUUUGCCAGUUUCUCUCUGCUUUGACCGUUUCUUUUUGUAAUGUGUUUUUGUACAAAUAAAGAUAAUUGUUGUUAACAAACAUGCAAUAUUCAGGUACACUUUGUAUUUUGCAUAAGAAAAUAAAACUUUCUGUUCAGUGA